ACGCCUACGUGACAAGAGAGUUUUCGGAUCACUACGGCCAACGUGCGUUCUCCAGUCGAUUUCUCUCAGCCACCGCCGAUCUCUCUCCCACACGUCACUACGUCAUCACUAACACAACUCACAGUCUCGUCUCGACCAGUCGACCAUAGUCGACAACUCAACAAUUGUCUACUACUGUCAAAGCAUAAACCGAAUCGCACACGCGAAAUUGCAGUAAUCGCGGGUAAUCGCGAAAGUUUGCAUCUCAGACCGGUCAACUGCUGUACACCACACUGUCCACACUAGCACGGUGUAAUACUACCACAUUAUUACCACAGAACAAACUAUUGUAAGUUAGUUGCAAGUUCAAAGUUAGAGGACCACAGAAUACUAGGAAACGUACGUUAGACCAUGACAAAAUAUGUAUUUUGACCAACAAUAACUAUAAAUUACUACAAGAGUAUAAGAAGUACUAUAUACACGAGUACGGUGCACGCUAUAUAUAUAGUCUGUGGUAGUACGUAACACACACACCGCUUCCCCGCGAGUUCAAUCCCCACUUGACCAGCUGCACAACGCUACCUGAUGUUUGAACUGGUGCCUAUCGCCUGGUGAGCCUGCCGUGUUUGCGCGCGUGUGUGUGUGUGAUCGUGAUAACGACGUCCGUCCACCAAGACGUCGACGAUGUCGUGAGAUCAUUAGAUGACGACAUAGUGUGAAAAUACGUACGAAACUACGAAAACAUUGUGUAAAUAGAAUUCGACGACGCGAAUACGUGAUAAUAGUGAUUAUAUUGUUCAAUUAUUGUUGUCAUUACUCAUUACUACUCAUACUCUUAGUGCUUCUAACGGUGAGUAGUAACGAGAUAAAAGGAGAGAAAAAGUAAAAUAAUAAAAAAAAAACCUUUGCACCUUCCAUCACGCCUACCUUCGGACGGAUAUUUGUCGGUAUUAAUUGCGUAUUUCCCGUGUAAAAAUAAACGCGUCGUUGUCGGUCGACAAAAGAGAAGAAGCGUUUCUUAGUUCUAGUUUUUUCUGACUGCGUUCUAAACCGCUACCCAAGGUCCUUCGUAUUCAAUAUUAUUCAAAAUCUGUGAUGUCGACAUCAUCACUUACGAUCGACCGUCGCGUCUGAUGCCGUUUUGUUCUGUUUUUUGCGACCCCAAUGAUCGAGCCUAACAAGUCCGGCCACGACAUAAAACACAAGACGAGACCACAAGGUAAACAACAGCUAUGCCAAUCCAAGCUCCGCAGUGGACCGAUUUUCUGGCGUGCCCCGUGUGUUGUAAUGGUUUUGACGUCAAGACCCGACAUCCUAUCAGUUUGGGAUGUGCUCAUACGGUGUGCAAAUCAUGCCUGUCUAAUCUACCUAAAAAACAAUGCCCCUUUGAUCAAAAUUUAAUAAACAUAGAAAUUGAUCAACUUCCAAUCAAUUAUGCUUUACUUCAAUUGGUGGGAGCAUCAAUACCAAACAAUGAAAACAUUCCAAAAUCCAUGUUAAAAAAUAUUUCAUCUGAUGAACGGCUGUUAUAUAAUAAAUCAAAGAAAUGUGUAGAACAUCUUGCAUUAUACCUUAAAUCAUUUGCAACUGGUGGUGGUCAAUCAACAAGUUCUGGACUAUCACGGCCUAUGCAGCGUAAAUUGGUAACACUAGUGAACUGUCAACUUUUAGAAAAUGAAGGCCGUAUGAGAGCCAUCAGAGCAGCCAGAUCUCUAGGUGAACGUAGUAUGACAGAACUUAUACUCCAUCAUCAAAGUGCUCAACAAUUAUCUACUAAUUUAUGGGCUGCUGUUCGAGCUCGUGGUUGUCAGUUUUUGGGACCAGCCAUGCAAGAAGAAGUAUUAAAACUGGUUCUAUUAGCUUUGGAGGAUGGUUCUGCUUUAUCGAGAAAAGUCUUAGUAAUGUUUGUAGUUCAAAGAUUAGAACCACAUUUUCCUCAAGCAUCUAAAACUAGUAUUGGCCAUGUAGUUCAACUACUUUACAGAGCUUCGUGUUUUAAGGUUUCUAAACGUGAUGGUGAUUCAUCAUUAAUGCAGUUAAAAGAAGAGUUCCGUACUUAUGAGAGUUUAAGACGUGAACAUGAUGCCCAAAUUGUAGAAAUUGCUACUGAAGCUGGACUGCGUAUAGCUCCUGACCAAUGGUCAGCACUUCUUUAUGGUGAUUCUGCUCACAAAUCACACAUGCAAAGUAUUAUGGAUAAGUUACAAAGCCCACAAUCAUUUUCACAAUCUGUUCAGGAACUUAUUAUAGCUUUACAGCGGACUGGUGAUCCCGCUAAAUUAUCAUCUUUAAGGUCAAAUUUUGAACUUUUGGCUGCAGUUGACCCUAAUCCUAGUUUGGAAUGGUGUACUUGGGAAAAAUUACAUUCUGUUCUUGAAAGUGCUAGAAUAGUAGUAGCAGGUUUGACUGAUUUUGUUAAGUCCCAUGGAAAUACUAAUAAAGGGUUAAAGAAUGAAUCUAUACAAAAUCAAACAAAUGUACCUAGGUAUAAAGUCAGUUUAUGUCGAGACUUAAUGAUACGAGGUACAUGUCCAAGAGGUGGUGGUUGUACAUUUGCUCAUUCAGAAGAAGAAUUAGAAAAGUAUAGGAAUAAAAACCGGAAGAAUAGUCGAUUGGCACCAAUGAUUGUUGAUCAUGAAUAUUUGACAAAUAAACCUAAUUUUAUGCCAAAAGAACAGUUUGAAUUUAUUCAUAAUAAAAAACCAAUAAUGUUAUCUGAAAACACUCAAGAUUUGGCACCUAUUCCUGUAGAACAUUCAUAUAUUGUACCAACUGGACAAAAUUAUUAUCAGAAUGGUCAACAACAAAUUUAUCCAGUAGGACAAUAUGGUCAUGAAAUAUAUGGUCCUGGACCGCAUCCACACGGUAUGCUAAUAAAUCCAAACAAUAAAAUGUAUAUGGAUCAAAACAUUCCUGGUCAUUCUAAUAAAAUGAAAAAUGUAUCAUCAAGUUUAGUGUCUCUUCAGAAUCGCAAACAAGAACUUAUGGGGCAAAUAGACAGAGUAAUGACAGCGUGUUCUAUUACACCUGAUCAAGUAGAUUUUGAUCGUUAUUCAAUGUGGGAUAAUGGAUUAUUUCAUGCUAAAACUGGAUUGCCUUCUCCAGUCAAUAUACAAACUGGACGUCCCAUGUUAAUCAGGUCCGAUUCGAUUUUGGCAGAUCCAGAUGAAUUUGUGCCAUUUGAGUUAGCAGUUAAUGGAAAGUAUGGUCCUAUUGGAGGUAAUGGCACUAACCCUGUAGCACCUCCUCCACCUCCACAAUCAUCGGCAGUAGUUAAUAACAACCAGACGGUUGGAGCGAAGAAUGGCAAAUCAUUGAGGCGACCGUGUACAUUAUCAAUACCUACACCAGCUGCUGCCGCUGCUGCACAGGCCCAAUUUUUUAGCUCUACAACAACCACAACGAUAACAACACCAUUAGGCACACUUCGUGGAGCGCGUAAUAGUCCAGUAGCUGCAUCUUGGUAUUUUAAUUCACCUCAAGGUUACCCAGCCGCUGCACAUAUUGUUGCGUCGCCUGUUGGUGCAAUUGGACAAAGUUACAUUACUAUACAUAGUCCAGCUGGUAUAAUGGAACCACCAAACUUUUUUGGAAGUCAUAAAGCUCCCAAAAGUUUAAUGGCAGAGUCACAAAAAAUGAAGAAUCAAUUAAAAAAUUUGGAAAAAAAAAUCAAUGAUCUUAAACUUGCCACACAAAAUGUAGCUGCUAAAGAGACCGAUAAAUUGUCUGAAGAACUAGCACAAAUUGAAAGGGACAUUCAAACAGAAGAACAGCAAUUUUUGACACAAUGUUAUUCUGAAACGGCCACUAUAACUACUUGGGGUGAUGGUAUCUGGUCAAGUACCACUUCUUCGGGAUUUACCGCUCAACAAGACGACGCUUACAACAGUAAUAAUGUUAAACAAGCGGAAUUAAAAUGGGACGGUGGUGAUAAUAAAUCAGAAAAAUCUGUGGUAGAAGAAGUUUAAAGUUAUAGUAUUAAUGUUUGGUCCCCUAUAUUUUAACUAUUGAAAUAAUAUAUUUGUAUUUCGUGAAUUUUACCAAUUUUAUUUGCCAAACAACAUAAUGCUUUAUAAUUUUUUGAGAUAAUGUGAUAUUUGUAUUAUUAUUAUAGUUAUUAUUUUUAAUAAUGUUAAUAUUUUCUUGUACGACAUGAAAUUUUAUUCUUGUAUUUUAUUAUUUUUUUUAUGAAUUAACGGUCGAUCUGACCAAAACACAAUGAACACGUAUAACUUAUUCUUUUAUAAGUAACAAUAAUUUGUUACAAUAUUUUGUGAUUUAUUUCUUUUUCUGUUUUAAUCUAUAUAUUUAAAUAAUUAAUUGUAAUUUAUAAAUGUGCAACCGAACUAAAUUUCUCAUAGUUACCAUAAUGUUUGUUGCGAUAAGCGUUUAUUUUAUUAUAUCCUAUUAUAUUGUCAAAUUAUUUUAUCAUGUCAAACAUGAAUUAUUGUUAUCUAAGAAUAUAAUUGUAUUUUUUUUUAUGUUAUGGCUAUAUCGUAAAAUUUAUAUUAACUUCGCGAUUAUAUUAAUCUACUACAUGUUGAGGGUAAAAUUAUAUUAGUUAUUUUAUUUUAUACAAAACAUUUAUUAUGUAUAAUUUUUAAUCGGUGGUAUCGGUAUCUUAACACUUAUAUAAAUAUUUAUUAUUAUUGUUUUAUAUAUAUAUAAAUAUAUAUUAUACAUACACACCCAACCUUGUUGCUAAAUAAAGAACUAUUUUAUAUAUUAUAAAAUAUAAAUUUUAAUAAA